UUCAGGACAUCAUUGAAGAAAUCAAAGAGAUUCAAACAGGAUUCACCUAGUUUUGUAGUGACCAGCUACCCUCUGAAAACAAAUGUUAUUACCAUUAAGGAGCCCUCUAGCUCCACCCUUAUUGACCACCUGAAUAAAUGGAGUUCUGGUUUCGAAGAAGUGGAUCCACUGUUAAGGUUUGAACAAAUGAAUGCAGAGGAAGAGAUAUCUCCUUUGGAGGCAGAAACCAUUGAAGGGGUUAAUUACACUAAAGCUUGGAAUUCAAGGCGAACUGGCAUUCUGAAUAAGUACACAACUGGUGAAAAACUUACAAUUGUUAGCAGCUAUUUACCAGGUGGAGAAAAAACUCUUAUAAGACAGGUAUCCAAUUUGAAUGAAAAGGUGAAACACAGGCUGGAACAAUUAGAUGAUUUUGAUGAAGGGUCAGUUAGGAAGACAAUGGGAUUGAGUCAACAAGAAUUUGUCACAAAAAUAAACUUACUCAAUGAUGAAAUUAAAAAGGCUUGGGAGACAGAGCAAAGGGUGAAGGCAUUUAAAAUAGGCAUACAGUGUUCCAAACUGUUGUCUGAUAUCAAUGUAAUGCAGUUUUAUCCCAGCAAGUUUAUUUUGAUCACUGAUACACUGGAUACAUUUGGCAAUCUAGUGUUCAAUCGUCUUAAAGAAAAAAGUUUUGGGAACAACAAUUUGAUAACUGUCCACAAUAUUGAUCCAAGAACAGUGCCUGAAACAGCAAAGGAGACAUGCCAGAACUGGAUGUACAAAAUGGCGUCGAUCAGAGAGUUGCUGCCUCGACUGUAUAUGGAGAUGGCUCUGUUGAAAUGUUACGUCUUCAUAUCCAGAGAAGAAAUAAAGCCAGCCAUCACAAGGCUUACCACAAUGAUCAGAGGAAUAGGAAAUCCCUUAGUGGCCAUAUAUUUACGUGUGUACUUGUGUCAUACUGCUUCUAAGCUUUUAGGCAAAGACAGUGAGGGAUAUUUUUAUGAAAAUUUAAAGGAAUUUAUUGAAGAAUAUCAGCAGAUAUUUUUAACUUCAAUGAGGAAAAAAUAUGAAACACAAUUACUAACACAAGACAAGUAUUUGAAUCUCUUUGUACCAGCUUUGGAUUGGCUGCUGUUUGGGACACUGAAUUCUAAUAAAUGUAAAAGUGACCUAUUGGAUGAAUUCAUACAAAAAUGCGAAGAAAUUGAAAACAAUGAAUUGUUCUUAUGUUGCCUUGUGUCUGCAUUUGACUCUCCAACAAUAAUUAAGAAGGCUCCGAAAAUUUUAGAGAUGGUGCACAGUUAUGCUGAUAAAAUGGUUAUGAUGAACGAAGUAUUGGCGUCUCUGGGCGAGCACCUGUGCAAAGCUGACACACAUCGCCAGAUAGCGACCGAGUCUCUGAUACAGACGUGGUGGAAGAUUGCCAGCAACAUGAAGUCUACCAACCACUUCUUGCAAGUUCUAGAGCCAUGGCUUCAAUUUGCUUGCACGCAUUUAUCGACGCAGCAUGUGAACGUAAUAUUGCGUGGCACGAUACGCUACAUGAUCAAGUGUGGUAAACCCGCCGACGAGUUCUCUGGGAACUUCCAGUUCGUUAUUAAAAGGAUGCUCAAGUCCAUCCCUGAUGUUGAAGAAUUGUUCUUAAUGGAUGCCUUCAUGCCUCUGUUGGAGUUGGUACAAACCUCGAACGCCCGCACCAUGUUGGCUAAGACGGUGCUCUCAAUAUUCUUCUCGCGAUACAACUCGGUGCACAUUGAAGACCAUAUCGUCAUCUCUAGUCUAAUGAGGCUAUGCUGCAUCCUUCACGAUUCUAUAAAUGCGGUAACAGUUGAAGAUGAGAGUAAAAUUUGCGGCGAGUUGAUCAAUAAGUUCAUACAAGCCGUGACGUAUCAAGAUGAUCUCGAGCGACAGUUGAACUUCUAUGUGGAAUGUCGCUCUUCGUUCAUUAAAUUGGACACCGUACUCAUUACUCUCGUUCAUGCUGUGAACACAUUAGCGGCGCGAGCGAAAUCGACGCGCGGCAAGUGGUUGCAGCGUGCUUGCGCCGCGUACUGCUUCGUGACCGUGCCCUCACUGCAUUGCACGCUCACCAAAACUCAGCUCUACCUUCUGUCAGGACAGGUUGCACUCCUCAAUAAUUGUAUUGGACAAGCGGAAGCAAACUUCAAAGCUCUCAUUGGCUUGAUACCUGACAUACCAGAUUACAUAUUAGAAGAUGGACAGAAGAAACCAACUCAUGUUAAAGUCGCAGGCAUUCUCAGCGACUUCUUGUCUACUUUAUUGUUGCUGCCUGACAACGUGGAUAGCAACUGCAAAGCUUACAUACUGACCGGGUUUAUAAAGACGAUGGAGAGGAUACAUUGGAAGAAGACUGAGCCUCUGUAUUACAGCACGUUACUUCGGACUUUGGACCUGCUCUGUGAAAUGACGCAGGACACCUACAUUCAUCACUUGGAGUCAGUGCUCUCUAAUGACCAAUUAUAUGGAUGUGAUCCGGAAUUCAUAAGUGUAUUAGACAAACAUGCGACGAAUAUUUGUCAAGAGUUACUAGUAGUGCUGAAGAUGCUGGGCGAUAACAGGGAGACUAAGAAACAAUACAACUUGUCUCUGGAGUUGUUCUGGCGGGUGGUGAGACGCGGCGAGCUAAAGGAGCGUCCCAUGCUCAGCCUCGCGGCUAACCUGUGGAUGUUGUCACAAAAAACACAAGACUCUAACAAUAAACUUGGGAAAUCAAUAAUUGCUGCAUUGAAAAAAGAAACAAACCCCACUAUACGCGUCUUACUUCAAAAGUUGGAAGAAGGAUCAAAAAGCACUUAAAUUAACUUAUUAAGAUCUUAGUUGGCGCUAUUCAAAUAAAUGUCUCGAUUACUUCUAGCAUUUUUUAUAACUAUUUUUUGCUCGAGAAGUCGGUCUAAGUGAAAUUAGUACACUAACUAUACCUAUGACAGUUUCGAAAGAUUUGCACUAAAUAUCUAUUCUCUAUGAAUCUGACGUCAUAGUGAUAUCGCUCAAUAUUGUAAAAGAGGUUUUGUAAUUUAACUUUAAUUACCGUUAAUUUCAUAACAAUUGAGAAAUCUCGGUUCAAUGAUUUAUGUUAUUGUUGUUUAUUUUUAGAGUAUUAGAGAUUUAUUCAAGCAUUCCGUUAGUAUAAUAUGUUUAGUUUAUGUUUUAUUUAGUAAAUUUAGUAAUUACUAUAUUUAUAAUUAAUCGUAUUACAGGUGCUUCAUGUAUCAUGGUCACUGAAAAUAAAACAAUAUGAGAAAUGAUAAUAUAUGUAUCAAUAUCUAUAA